CAUUCUUACUUUAUAAAAGAAAAGCAAAAUACAAUGGUAAAGAAGAUGUGUAAUUUCCAGAGUUAAAAAUUGAAAGGAGAUUAUCUUUGCUGACACUUGUUUCCACAUCACGACCUUAUUACCUACCUACCAUUACCAAAAAAGUAUGAAAUUCCUCUAGAAUCCCCCAUGCAAUUUGAAUUUGUUUUUUCAUUUCCAUUUUCUUGAAAAGAUCGGCAACUCAGAUUCAAAAUGCCCUCCUAUACAUAAUCCAAUAGUGACGCUGAUUUUAAUAACCAAAGCCUCAGCGCAAACAGGGUCUGCUAUAGUGCCUUGCUGUGUUUGCUUCCCAUAGUCAACAUAUCACCAAUCAUUUCUGUAUGAUCUCAACUUAUCCCAUUUCAACGUUUGUUGUCGUGACUAGCGUAAAAAUGGCUCCUGAGAAGGAAGUAUUCGAGGGAGUGCAAUGGAGGACAAUGGUGGCUUACGGCUCAUCCGAGGUUUUGCUUCCAGCUACAGGGCUUGCAAGAAAGGCGUGGCUAGGAAUAAAAGGCAGAUGGCAUGGGACAUGGGGUUAAUGAUCCUUGAAAACUGAUCCAUUGAAUUAAGGUUGGACUGGCACCCACAAUUGAAUCCUUGUUCUACUACAUGAAGCCUUUGUAUGAUGGCGUUUAAUUUCAACUAUAGAUCAAUCUUUUCCCAAAGUCCAAACAUUCUAUCGUUUAGUGUCGAAGCCCAAAACGAAUUCAGGCUCAAAAAGAGCCCAAAGUUUCCUGGAUCUUUCUAGGGUUUUCGACCCUCUUGUUCAUUGUUUUUCAUUUGAUGAAAACAAAUCAAAACCUUUUGAAUUGAAUCAGUUGAUUUAUUUGAAAGAUGGCGGAAACAAUCCUUACAUCAGAAAGACCUUCCAAUUCCUCUCCCUUAAAUCCUCCUUCCCGUAUAAUCUGCCAUGUGUGUCAGAAGCAAUUCUCGCAAUACACUUGCCCUCGAUGUAAUUCCCGCUACUGCUCUCUUCAUUGCUACAAGUCUCAUAGUCUUCGCUGUACUGAAUCAUUUAUGCGAGAAAAUGUAGUUGAGGAGCUGCGGCAACUGCAACCUGACGAUGAAACUAAACGGAAAAUGCUUGAAAUUCUGAAACGGUUUCAUUCGGAGGAAGAAACCAAUCCUUUAGAUGAAGAUGUUGAUGAUUCUACUCUUCCUGACGAGACUGUUCAGAAGAUUUUGUCAGGAGUUAAAGUUGAUUUCGACUAUUUGUCUCUUGAAGAGAAGAAACGAUUCCAAAGGGCUCUGGCAUCUGGAGAAUUGAGUAAAAUGAUUGAGCCCUGGGAUCCUUGGUGGUUGAAGCCUGCUGCUAGAAAAAUCUGUCUAGGCAAGGAUGGAGCUCGACUCAUACAACCUAUGGCCAAUCAGGAAGCAUUGGUGUCACCAGAAGAUGUAGAAAGCAAGGAAUCAAGUGGAAUUCCUCUUGGCCCCGAAACAACGCUCCCUUCACUUUGCAAGCUCAUUUCUACAGACCCAUCUCCGUUGUUAGCCAUUCAUUUGGUUGACAUUGUAUAUAGCUACUGCUUCACGCUUCGAGUCUACAAUGGAGAUUGGCAAUCUGAUGCCAUAGGAUCUGCAAUGAUGAUAUUGAGUAUAUCCUGUGUUUUGGGUCAAGCUGGACAGCCAGAAACUGUGCGGGAAGCUGUGUCUUAUUGCUUGGAGCAAACUUGCUCUCCAGUUUACAGGCAUAUCGGUGGGUUGCAAUUUGGAUUGGCUCUUGUUGAUGAUGUAGCAAGCCUACUUUCUCUUGGAGGUCCUGCUUUAAUCUGCAUGCUUUGUGAUCUACAAAAGAUAAUUUUAGCUGCGGAAAGGGAGUUGAAAUCCGAGAAACAAAGAAAGCUCAGAAAGUCGGAAAUGAAAAGCAAGCUGAAGCUUGCCGAGAGGAAGGUUUAUUUCAUUAUGUGUUGGGUUCACGAGCAACCAGGGGAAGCAUGGUCUUCUUUAGCAGACAUUUUGAGAGUGGAAAAGAGUUCAUUCAUGGAAUAUGGAGGCAGUAAAAGCUUUCCAAAAACAGAGAAUGUAGCAGAAAACAAGGGCAAAGUUGUGAUAGAGGAAAUGUAAUGUAUUAUUUAAACAUUUACUAUUCUAUAAACAAAAAUCAAGUGACUGUUGGUUAUAGUUGUAUAUUUAGAUGCAACAUUUCAAUGUCAAAAUUCAGUUUUGCUUUCAGUUUUGCAUCAAUUUAAAAGAGAGUAUCAGAAUCCAUCCUCUCUUAUAAAUCAUUUUCUUUUGGUGCACAACUUUCUUGUUUUCCUUUUAUUGAGAAAAGAUUGGAAUCAGGCUAUUUUGAAUAAGAAAUAAUGCAUUUUCCUUUUUUUGGUGAAAAAAAAUGGUGAUAUCCGAUUUUAACCUACGAAUCUAUCUGCAUGGAUCAAGGCCGUCCACGCUAGAAAAGCAGAUAGAUCAACGGCUCAGAUUGUGCUUCAGAGUCCUGACAGUUGACGGUUCUGGAAAGAAGGAAGGGGAAGUAACGUUCCCAUUUUCUUGGCAACAAAGUCAAGUGUUAAACGACGUCGACUCGCAUAUCUGCUGGUCUCACAAAGGGUCGUUUCAUGACAGUUGGAAAUUUUUAUUUUUACGAGAGUUGAAGAUUGCAAAGACAAUGGUACUUUUGUAAAUUCACAACACCGUGGCGCCUAAGUCUGGUAGGCGAUCCGACACUAUUUAGAACAUUCCAGUCCAUUUCAAGUAAACACCAAAAAAAAAAAAAAAAA